ACAGAAGCUUUAAGCCUUGGUAUCAUUCCAACGCGUGAUGCUGGAAUCUGUAUCUUCCACCCAAACCCUCAAGAAAUAUACAGCGAAAUAGUCAGCAGGUUUUAUCAAUUCAAACAGCCAAAAUAUGUUGCUGCUGUAACAGGCACAAAUGGCAAGACUUCAGUAGUAGAAUUUUGCCGCCAGAUCUGGCAAAACUCUGGCUAUAAUGCUGCGUCUAUUGGAACACUUGGAACAUGCAUCAAUAAUGGCAGAAAAGGUAAUAGCAACAGCCUUACCACUCCAGGUGCAGAAGACCUUUACGCAACAUUGCGUGGUAUAAGUGUAGAACACUUAGUGUUGGAAUCAUCAAGUCAUGGGAUUGAUCAAUACAGAAUCCAUGGAUUAAAGUUGAGUGCUGCAGCUUUUACUAAUUUCUCGCAAGAUCAUUUAGAUUACCAUAAAAGUCUUGGUGGAUAUUUAGAAACUAAAAAAAGGGAUUACGCUCAUACUCCAAGUGCGCUUAAACAAGCCCUAUUGUCUUUAAAAUGGCAUAUCAACAAAAAAAUAAUUCUAGUUUUUGGAUGCGGUGGAAAUCGCGAUCAGACGAAACGUUCAGAAAUGGGCAAAAUAGCACAAAUGUAUGCAGAUAAAGUAAUUGUUACAGAUGAUAAUUCGCGUGAUGAAGAUCCGGCAAAAAUUCGCCACGAUAUUUUGCUACAUUGCCCUGAUGCACUGGAGAUAGGAGGUAGGAGAGAAGCUAUAGAGAAAGGCGUAGAUAUUGCCUAUAACGAGGGUAUGAUUCUGCUAGUUGCAGGAAAGGGAAAUGAGAAAUUUCAAAUUAUAGGCAACCAAACUUUUGAAUUUAGCGAUGUUGAGGUUAUUAAAAAUCAUGCCUUAACAUACUGAUUUUCGCAAUGGGCUUAC